AUGCAGGUUGCUUCUACAAACAUUUGUGAAAGAAUGGCAAUUAGCCCAUCCGUUAAAUUUCCUUGCUACUAAAUAUUCCACGGUCAACUGCUAGUGGUAUUAUAAUAUAGUGGAAGCAACUGGGAACAACAGCAGCUCAGCCACGAAGUGGUAGGCCACGUAAAAUGACAGAGCGGGGUCAGCACAUGCUGAAGUGCACAGUGCGCAGAAGACGCCAACUGUCUGCAUCUGCAGAGUCAAUCGCUAAAGACCUCCAAACUUCAUGUGGUCUUCAGAUUAGCACAAAAACAGUGCUUCAUGGAAUGAGUUUCCAUGGCCGAGCAGCUGCACCAAGCCUUACAUCGCCAAGUGCAAUGCAAAGCGUGAGAUGCAGUGGAGUAAAGCAGGCCGCCAAUGGACUCUAG